UGGGAGUGGCAGGUGAACAUCUUUGGGUGGGGGUAUUAUAGACACAGGUACUUACAAGUGCAGUGCCGGUUCAAUUAAGUUAUCUGUAAUUACAAUCGAUUGGUUAAUCGGCCUUCAGCGCUGUUUUUGCUGCCAGCCACAAGAAUGCUGGCAGGUUGGAGGUCGUGCACAAAUCGUAAUUCCAAAAUAAAAUCAAGUACCUGAUAAAUUCGUAUGUGUGUGACACCAGCCAAAAACCUGCUUCAGUGCCAUACCUGCUGUGACUAAUCUUUUUUACUGAACAUAUGAAGACAUGGCAGAAACUGUAGGAUUUGUUGCUGGGCUUGUGAUCCUGCUUAUAAUUAUUGUGAACUUCUCCCUGCAUAAGCUGGAAGAAGGUCAUGUUGGUGUUUACUAUAGGGGUGGUGCAUUGCUGAGCAAUGUAAGCCAGCCAGGAUUUCAUAUGAUGAUACCAUUCAUAACAUCGUUUCGAGCAGUACAGGUUACUCUUCAAACUGAUGAGGUAAAAAAUGUACCAUGUGGUACCAGUGGUGGUGUCAUGAUAUAUUUUGAUCGAAUAGAAGUUGUUAAUAUUCUUAGUGCCUCUAGUGUAUAUGAUAUUGUAAAAAAUUACACUGCUGAUUAUGAUAAGACGUUAAUCUUCAAUAAAGUACAUCAUGAACUGAAUCAGUUCUGCAGUGUUCACAGUUUACAAGAGGUAUAUAUUGAUCUGUUUGAUCAAAUUGAUGAGAACUUGAAAGUUGCUCUACAGAGAGAUUUGAAUGAAAUGGCACCUGGGUUAUUUAUUCAAGCUGUGCGUGUUACCAAGCCAAAAAUUCCAGAAGCAAUUAGGAAAAAUUAUGAACUCAUGGAAGCAGAAAAGACUAAACUUUUAAUUGCUGUCCAACGUCAAAAAGUAGUAGAAAAAGAUGCUGAGACAGAGCGGAAGAAAGCUAUCAUAGAUGCAGAAAAAGAAGCUGUUGUAGCAAAAAUUCAGUUUGAACAGAAAAUCAUGGAAAAAGAAUCUCUUCAAAGAAUGUCGCAGAUUGAAGAUGAAAUGCAUCUAGCAAAACAGAAGAGUAUUGCAGAUGCAGAAUUUUACAAUCUGCACAAGCAAGCAGAAGCCAAUAAAUUACUUUUAACAAAAGAAUAUCUAGAACUGAAAAAAUAUGACUCUAUAAGUCAUAACAACAAAAUUUAUUAUGGAUCAGAGAUUCCUGAUAUGUUUGUUCAUGGUGGCUGCCGGAAUAGUGAUGAUACGGAUAACAUUCAUAAACCGGUUCCCAACGAAUGAUUUGCCUUUAACACAUUGUGAACAGAGAGUAUAGUUCCUGAUCAUAUCAACAUGUGAGAAUUUUCUAAACAUUUUUGUGCCCAGUUAUAUCUGUGAGAUUGAAAUGUGUGUGGAUCUCUGUGUGUGUUUGUGACUGGAGUUUGAGUACAGGAGAGGAACAAAUUUUAUAUCACUCUUUGUGGUUUCAGACUGUUAGCAUUUGUUAAACCUGUUCUUAAAACAGGGUAGGUGAAAGUUCUUGUGCCUUCUGAGAUGUUAUAGAUACUCUGUUUUAUAUCCUUUACACAUAAAUUCCUUUUUUUUUAGUAAAUGCAGUAUUUAUUGACAGAACAGCUGAGUCAUUAGAAAGUUGUGAAUGGCACUUUGUAUUGUUUCUUUGUCAUUCUGCAUUUGACUGCCCUUUCGGAAUCUCACAAAAUACAUUGUCGUUCGGUUUUUCCUCAGUUUUUGAGUAAUAGACAAACUUGUUGAUAAAAAUAAAAAUAAUUUUAAAUUUUGUA